UACGUCCGAAGUGUUUGAUAGACGAAUACUUUUUUAAUGCGCGCAUAAGUUAAAGCUGAAGGCAAUCGUGAAGAAAGUGAAAACACUGCACUAUCGUGCAGAUGUAAUGCAGUCCCGGAUGGAUCCCAAAAACGGAAUACCGGACGCCGUUUGUACGGAUAGGAUUCGAUUUAGGAAACUGCGGUCACAGAAUUUUGUCAACCGGUUGCGCGAUCGCGAGUCAGGGAUGCGCCACCGGACACCGUUACACGCCGCCCGUGAGAUGUACCAGAACGUAUACCCCAAUCUGACGGUGGUGAACGUCGAGCGACCGCCCUGCUACUUGCGAAAGUUUAGCCCCGAUGGCAAGUACCUGAUUGCGUUUUCCUCCGAUCAGGCCGCUCUGGAGGUGUACGAGUACCAGGGAUGUGCUGCGGCGGGUUACUUACUUCAAAACUGGGACGACACGGAGCUGGUAGCGGACCAUGGCCUAGGCGCAAACUACCGCGUGCGGAACCAAAUUUUCGAUCGACUGUUUAAGCUGAGGCACGUCGUAAACCUCGAGAACCAUGAGAAACACCUGAACCGCGAGUGCAGUCUGUUCACCAACGACGGUCGGUACGUGAUCGUUGGUGCUGCCUCGUUCAUACCGGAGGAAACACGGCCAUACUUUUACGACCUGUACACCAACAAUGAGGUGAUCAAGCCAACCGCCAGCUGCCCACUUGAAGACUAUACAUUGUACAUAAUCGAUCUACACUUUGGUCGCAUUUCGGAUUCGCGAGACUUUCGCGUGGACAAGAUCAUCCUCUCGCACAAUCAGGGAGUCUAUCUGUACAACAACACGUUGGCGAUUCUGUCCAUCCAGCACCAGACACUGUACGUGUUCUCGAUCGCCGAAGGCACGUUUGUCAAAGAGCGCACGAUUGGGCGGUUUUGCAGUGCAGAGGAUGACUAUCUUUACACGAAUGCGAUUGCGCAGGAGCGCACGGGCACUCCGAUGCCGAGAGCCUUCCGCGAUCCAGCCAUCAACAGUUUGAAGCACCGCAUACUGGUGUACCUAUUCUACCAGGCGAAACGGCUCGUCGAUACGGGCGAGGAUCCGUUGGCACUGCGAAAGUUUUACCGCCGAUUCGACGAGUACCGGGAUCUGCGCAUGUGGAAGAUGCAACUACUGGACGAUGACCACCUUUUCAUCAAGUACGCGCAGGAAGAUGUGGUUACACUGAAAGCGCUCGAACCGAACAGCCACAGUUCCUUAUUUGUGAUCUACCAUAUCUGGCAGAAGAAGGUCCUGGCGGUGAAAAGCAACCAGUGCGCGCAGUUGCUCGAUCUGUACGAAAAUUUUUGCGACAGCUUUCGCAACGCCAACCACAGCCACCGGACACCGUUUACCUGCUCGCCGAGCAAUAACAUCUAUUCCAACUUGCUGCACCAGCGCUUCAAGCAAACGAUGAUCGGAGCGCGCGGUGGUGGCAUUACGGAGGCCACCAAACGCAUCCUGGCACAGCUACCGAUCAGCGCACAGAGCUACAGCAGCUCACCCUACCUCGACCUUGGGCUGUUCAGCUACGACGACAAGUGGGUAUCGGCGAUGGAGCGACCGAAAGCGUGCGCCGAGUUUCCGAUUCGUUUCUUUGCGCGCGAAUCGGGACUGCUCAAGUUUCGUAUUUACGCCGGCAUGCACGGGCAACAGCUCAGCAAUCCGGGCACCCGCCGACUAGUGGCCUUCAUCUUUCAUCCGACGGAACCGUUCGCCAUCAGUGUGCAGCGCAUCAACACGGAGUACAUUGCCAACUUCCACCUGCGGCAUGCGCCCAGUAUCAGCAGCAGCGACGAACAGGGGCUUCGGUAACGGUACCGACCCGCCGAGGGCUUGUUGGGCUGGGA